ACGUGAGCGAGCGAGCGAGUGAGUGAACGGUAGUAUGGGAGCGGAUUAUUGCAGGCAGCAGUGUUGGGUAAUUGUUCUCUCUCUGUCUGUGUGUCAGUGAUGCUGAGACCUGACUCCACUGGAGGAAAAACAAACACCACACACUCUCACAUGCAGCUGUAGAAGAGCGAGUGGCUCCUCUCUUCUCUCUCUUCUCUCUCUCACACACACACAUUAAAACACACUCUCACACUUUUGCUCUGCAGCUGAGAGACGACAGAAAACGCGCAGAGGAAGAGGAGGAGGAGGAGGAGGAGGACGCACGGUGAGGGAGGGAAUGACAUCCAGCAGCUUCAUCUGAGAACAUCUAACCUCCUUGUCCCUCAGCCUCAGUCCAGCGCUGCAGCAGCGCGUGACGCCCGACUGCAAGUCCCCGCCCGGGGAAAUGCUCCACAGACAAAGAGACGAGGCCUGAACAUAAUGAGCUGCCAGGACAAAUGGGUCACUCUGACCCCGGCUGAGUUUUCCUUGCUGCAGGAAUACACUCAGUACUCCACCAAGAAGCUGAAGGAUGUGCUGCAAGAGUUCCAUGGAGAUGGUGUUUUGGCCAAAUACAAUCCAGAAGAGAAGCAGGAAAUCCUCAGUCAGGAGAUCGACUUUGAGGGCUUCCAGGUUUUCAUGCAGACGUUCCUGGAGAGCGAACUCUCCAAAGAGUUCUGUCAACACCUCUUCAUGUCAUUCAGCAACAAGGGUCUGAAACCCAGUCCCUCAUGUUCCGACAAAUCCAAAGUCUCUGGACUGAAGCUGAUCAAAAGCAGCUCCACGCCUCUGAAGACGACCGCGCCGCCCACCGCGCCGCCCACCGCGAUGCCCACGCCUCAGGACACGGUGCAGCUGAAGGACAUCGUCUGCUACCUGUCGCUGCUGGAGGGCGGACGUCCCGAGGACAAGCUGGAGUUUAUGUUUCGUCUCUAUGACACCGAUGGAAACGGCUCCUUGGACAGCUCGGAGCUGGAGCACAUCAUCUCGCAGAUGAUGCACGUGGCCGAGUACCUGGAGUGGGACGUGACCGAGCUGAAACCAAUUCUGCAGGAAAUGAUGCAGGAGAUCGAUUACGAUCACGACGGCACUGUGUCACUGGAGGAGUGGAUCCAGGGAGGCAUGACCACCAUCCCACUGCUGGUGCUGCUUGGCCUGGAGACGAAUGUGAAAGACGACGGUCAACACGUGUGGAGACUGAAACACUUCAACAAACCGGCGUACUGUAACCUGUGUCUCAACAUGCUGAUCGGUCUGGGGAAGCAGGGACUCUGCUGCUCAUUCUGCAAGUACACGGUUCACGAGCGCUGCGUGGCUCGCGCUCCGCCGUCGUGCAUUAAGACCUACGUCAAGUCCAAGAAGAACACAGAGGUCAUGCAUCAUUUCUGGGUGGAGGGAAACUGCCCCACCAAGUGUGACAAGUGUCACAAAACCAUUAAGUGUUACCAGGGUCUGACUGGGCUGCACUGCGUCUGGUGUCAGAUCACGCUUCAUAACAAGUGUGCCUCCCACGUGAGACCAGAGUGUGACUGUGGCCCCCUGAAGGAUCACAUCCUGCCCCCCAACUCCAUCUGCCCCGUCGUUCUGGAAAGGCAGUCGACGCUGAGGAAAGACUCUCGCUCCAGUCAGUCGAGUCGAGGGAAGAUGCAGAGAGCCAACUCUGUGACAGUGGACGGUCAGGGACUGCAGAUCACAACAAGAGAGGGCACUCAUCCUCUGCUCGUCUUUGUCAACCCGAAGAGCGGCGGGAAGCAGGGAGAGAGGAUUUACAGAAAGUUCCAGUAUCUUCUGAACCCAAGACAAGUUUAUAACCUGGCCAAAAACGGACCCAUGCCAGGGUUGAACUUCUUCAGAGAUGUUCCUGAUUUCAGAGUGUUGGCGUGUGGAGGCGACGGCACUGUGGGCUGGAUCCUGGAUUUCAUAGAUAAAGCCAACCUGGACAGGAACCCGCCCGUGUGUAUUCUUCCUCUGGGCACAGGCAACGAUCUGGCCAGGUGUCUGCGAUGGGGAGGAGGCUACGAGGGCGAGAGUCUGCUGAAGAUCCUGCGCGACAUCGAGCACAGCGUGGAGGUGCUGCUGGAUCGCUGGAAGAUCAACGUCACGCCCACAGACAAGGAGGAGCGAGGAGACCUGGUGCCUUACAGCAUCAUCAACAACUACUUCUCCAUCGGAGUGGACGCCUCCAUUGCACAUCGUUUCCACGUCAUGAGGGAGAAACAUCCUGAGAAGUUUAACAGCAGAACAAAGAAUAAGCUGUGGUACUUUGAGUUUGGCACUUCAGAGACCUUUUCUGCCACGUGUAAGAAGCUCCACGACUUUCUGGAGGUGGAGUGUGACGGUGUCACUCUGGACCUCAGCAGCAUCUCCCUGGAAGGCAUCGCCGUCCUGAACAUUCCCAGCAUGCACGGCGGCUCCAACCUGUGGGGCGAGAGCAAGAAGAGGAGGGGCCACCGACGGGGAGGGAAAAAGGGUCAGGACAAGAGGACGCCACUGCUCGACCCCAAAGAGCUCAUGUUUGCUGUUCAAGACCUGUCUGACCAGCUGCUGGAGGUGGUCGGGCUGGAAGGAGCCAUGGAGAUGGGUCAGAUCUACACCGGCCUGAAGAGCGCAGGAAGACGACUGGCCCAGUGUUCCUCUGUCAUCAUCAGAACCAGUAAGUCUCUGCCGAUGCAGAUCGACGGUGAGCCUUGGAUGCAGACUCCGUGCACUAUUGAGAUCGUCCACAAGAACCAGGCUCCCAUGUUGAUGGGUUCACCGCAGGUCCGCAGCUUCUUCUCAUCGGUCAUCAGAAGAACGCAUGCCGAGAGCAAAGACUGAUCCACGAUUUAUCGCAGACCUGAGACGUCUGGAGUCGUCUCACACACCUUGCAGAGCUGCGAUCUCGAGUCGAUCUUUCCUCGGCCCCAUCAGUGAUGAGGGUUCUUUGGUGCCCGUUUGAAAAGCCUGGCGCCGCGUAGCAAAACUGCCGGUCGGGAAAGUGUUGCCUGAAGCAUCGAAGCCUCGGCGAAGGAUUCCUCGCUUUAAUCCAGACCGAGGUGCGUUUACGGACCGACGCUUUGAUCUACGGUGUGUCGUGUAGUUUAGCUGUUUCCGUCAGUUCACUUCUAAACGUUUUCUAAAAUGUAUUUAUUUUUUCCUCUCUCUCUCUCGUGAUCUGUGCCACAUGGAAUUCAGUCCACACCUGAAUGUCUUUCUUAUAUUUAUUUACUUUUUUUUUAAUAUAUUUUGCUGCUAUUGUUGGUGUUUUUUAAACGUUUUAAACGGCAUUUUUUUGGCAUCCUCUUUGACGCAUGGUGGACAGUGAACGCAUCGUCCUGCUGUUGGUAGCCACAUAUCCAGAGUUUGCGGCUGAGUUUUGUGGAAAAAAAACAAAAGUGAAGUUUGUUUCUUGCUGAAUUUAUUCAGCUCUUAUCUCAUUUGGCCAGGGAAUCUUUGUGUUUUUACGGCAUCAUCUUCGUCACGUUUUUAUCUUUAUUUUUAUUUAUUUUUUGGCCGUCAGUGGAAAAGUGGAAUUACUAUUGAUCGCUGAUGAAAAAUGCAUGACACUCUUUGUUUGCACGAGAGACACUUUCACCACAAUGUGUGCACACUUUCUGUUGCAUGACUGAACGAGAGGUCUGUUACCACACGUGAGGAACCUGAUGUGUUUUCAGUUGUUUACAGAGCCUCUUUAAUCAUAUCGCACCUUUUUAAAUCCACAACACGGCUGAAUAUUUAUGAAACUGCGUGUUUGUUUGUUUUGUUGUUGUUUUCUGAACAGGUACUCAGGUACUUUAAAAAAACUGAAGUUAAAGUGUUGAGUGAGACUGUAGCUCGGUUCUGUGGCUGUAUCCUCGGAUAUUGACGAGAGCAGUUUGACCUCCUCUGCUCAUUGAUUUGUUCUGACGUCUACACUUGAGUGUUUAUAGUCUGCUGCACAUACAAGCCGACAUUAACCAAUUAAAGUCCACUGAAUACAAAAAUAACCACUGAUAUAUAACACAGUGCUGUUCGGGGCGAACGAAAUAUUUAUUUUUCAGUCUCUUUUUAAUAAAAUAAAACCAGAAAAUACAGGAAAUGUGACCUUAGACCCUUUGCACAUCCUGAACUCAAUUUUAAUUGAAUAUCAGUCAAAUUCUGAACUGAUAAGACUUGAAAACUGGCGUUUUGUUUUAGACUUUGCAAAAGACUCAUUUUUUUUUGUUUUAGCAAAUUUUUUAUCAAUUUCCUAGUGUGAUCUCCCUCUUUCAGGAAGUAAUCUUGCAAAAUUAUGAUUUUUAUGUUGGUCAAAUUCUGUCAUCUUUGACAUUUUUAUUGGAGUAAUGUGAUAAAAAGUUGUUUUUAUUUAUUUAGAAGCUUCCAUUGAACAACCGCCAUAUUUUUACAUGAAAUAGUUAAAAAGAACCAGAAUUCUGCUAUUUUUCAAGGUCACACUAAAUAUUUGACACUUAAGCCCAAAGUAACAGAAAUGAUCACUAAUUAGUAUCAUAUUUGGUCCAAUUUGGAUCAAAAUCACUGGAUUACAAUCUGAGCAUUGUAAAAUUAUUAUUGACUUUUGAAAUGACUGGUUAUGGCUCGGUGGUAAAUUUGAUGUUUGAACUGUUUAGAAGUAAAAAGAUUGUAUUAUACUGAUAUCAGUCAACUGAUGCAGAGUUUUAGAAAUCAGAGCGGCUGAUGACCCAUCAUUGAUACCGAUUCUCUGAUCUUUCCUAAAUUUAUACAGUAUUUUCCAUAGAAAUUACAUAUAAACUAAAUGUUAAAUACAUGAAACAGGUCAUCAAAAGUAAAUUUUGGAUGAAAAAAACUUUCCCCCUCAUGGCAUUUAUCAAAUUUCUGUGAGCAAAAAUGCGUCGUACAAAUAAAUAAAUGGUGAUUAUUAAAUAUGUGCAAAUAUCGGCCAAAGCGAUUAUUGGUCUGCUUACAGUCGAUAUUCAAGGUUGUGGUGUCACUAUCAGGAUUUUACGGAGUAUUAGAAUAUUAGAGCCACAUGUAAAAAAGAAAUACUUGAAAGAAAGUUAAAAAAAAAAAUAAAACAGCAUGAAUGGCACUAAUACUAAUACUUUGAUUUUCUUAACAGUAUUUUCUGUUUAUGUUUAAAGAGAUUUAGAAAUAAUCAACAAACAUGUAAUCAGGCUGAAAAUAUGAAGUGAAACAACUUAAACAAUAUUCUGGACAUAAAUCAAUGUAAUUCAAUACAUUUCUGCCUUUAAGUUCUGAUAUUUAUUAAUUUUACACGGUCUCACCAGGACAAACACACAGAGCGAGGCUCAUGUAGAAUCAUUCAGCUUUGUAUGACGCAGCGUUUGUACAGUGAAGUCGUAUUUUUGUACACAGUAUUUUUUAUUUUUCUGCUUCCUGCUUCACUUUAGAACUCACUCUCUGUUCUGACGGGGAAAAAAACACUGCCUGCCAAUGUUUAAUGAGACAAAGUGGUAUUUCAAAUAAUAAUAAUAAUGAUAAUAAUGAUAAUAAAAAGGUUUUGUUUGUUUGA